AUGGGCAAAUCCUCUCUUCUUCCAUUAUUCGCAGCUGCGACUGCUCUCAUGAGCACCGCAUCUGCUACCCUCGAUCCAAUCGUUAUCAAGGGUUCCAAGUUCUUUUACAAAACUAAUGGUACUCAAUUCUUCAUCAAGGGUGUUGCCUACCAAUCUGGAAUCGGUAGCAAUGGACUCGAGCCUGCAGCUGGCACCAAAUAUGUUGACCCUCUCGGCGACGAAGCUACAUGCAAGCGCGACGUCCCAAGACUCCAAGCCCUUGGAGCAAACACCAUUCGUACAUAUGCCAUCGAUCCUACCCUCGACCACAAGCCAUGUAUGGCUUUACUCGACGCUGCUGGAAUCUACGUAAUCAGCGAUUUGGGAGAGCCAAGUUUGUCAAUUGACCGAUCCAACCCAACAUGGGACGUCAGCCUCUACCAGCGAUACACAUCUGUUAUCGAUGCGCUCUCGCCAUUCACGAACACAAUUGGUUACUUUGCAGGAAACGAGGUGCCAAACAACCUGACCUAUACCAGCUCGGCCGCUUACGUGAAGGCCGCUGUCCGCGAUUCGAAGGCAUACAUCAAGUCCAAGGGAUAUACUCAGGGUGUGGGAUACGCUGCGGAUGAUGAUCAAACUGUUCGCGCUCAGGUUGCUUCCUACUUCAACUGCGGAGAUUCCAGCUCCACAAUCGAUUUCUGGGGAUACAACAUCUACGAAUGGUGUGGGGAUUCUUCUUUCCAGGAAUCCGGAUACGCGGACAGAGUCAAAGAAUUCUCCACCUACUCUGUACCAUCAUUCUUUGCCGAGUACGGAUGCAACAAGCCAGGUGGUGCCGCUGCCCGAAAGUUCUCUGAGGUUGCUUCUCUCUAUGGCACAGAUAUGACUCCUGUCUUUUCUGGUGGAAUUGUCUACGAAUACUUCCAGGAGCAGAAUGACUUUGGUUUGGUUUCCGUUGUCAACUCCGCCAGUGUCAGCCCACUUUCAGAUUACGCUGCUUUUUCCACCGCAUUGAACGCUGUCAAGCCAUCAGCAACUCAAUCAGCAAGCUACACUCCAACCAACAGCGCUUUAUCUUGCCCAACAGUUGGCGCCAACUGGGCAGCUGCUAGCGUUCUUCCUCCAACCCCAAACACCAACGUCUGUGCUUGUAUGGUUAGCAGUCUGUCAUGUACCACCAAGUCCAGCAUCGAUGAUUUAGCUGUUGGACAACUCUUCUCCACCGUCUGUGGUCUUCCAGGGAACCCAUGCAAAAACGUUAUUGGAAACGCAACCACAGGUGUCUAUGGCGCUUACUCUAUGUGCAAUGCCACUGAGCGUCUUGCAAAUGCCUUCGAUACUUACUACCAAGGUCUGAGCGCCACCAACAAAGCCACUGGAUGUGAUUUUGGAGGAAACGCGACUCUUGUCAGCAAGCCAGCAGUUGGUGCCUCUUGUUCUUCCGCGAUCGCCUCUGCUACUGCUGCUGCCGGUGCCGCAGCUUCUGGUGGUAGCUCUGGUUCAUCCAGCGGUGGUGCUUCCUCAUCCGCAUCAACAAGCAAGAGUGAUGCUCCAAACUCGAUCGUGGGUGCUAGCUUGGGAUUGACCAAGUACUUUACAGUCGGCUUUGCUAUGAUUGCUGGUUUCUCGGGCAUGGGUAUGAUUUUGCUGUAG